AUGUGUGAACCUGACCUUUCUCAUACUGUACCAGUUGAGAAACCUUCUUUCACCAUUUCUGCACUUUCUAUAUACGUGGGGAUGAGCAGCACAAAGCAACAUGCUGACAUAGAAAUUGAGGAUGCUGCUCUGAAAGUGCAACAGGAUGAGGGUGAUAUUUGGGUAGUUUGUGUAAAUCAGGCACCAGUGAAAGCAGUUCUUGCCUAUGAUAAGAAGAAGGCCAUUGUCAUGCCUGAGCAUAGGACCAAAAAAUACAGCUCUUAUUGGUGGAAUUAUUUUUACCCAAAUCCUGACAGCAAUUGUCAAGCCACCUGUAGCAUUUAUAAAGCCACAGUAAGAAGAGCUCAGGCGCAACAACGUCUGGAUUUCACUAAAUUCCAUUACUACAAAUGGGGAAAUAAAACUGGGAAGUUGUUGGCCACUAUGUCCAAAGCAAGGAAAAAACGCUCCCUUAUUACGGCCUUGAGAGAUACCGCCCAGAAUAAAACCUACACUAAGACAGCCGAUAUACUGUCACACCUUAGUAACUUUUACGCUGAACUCUAUAAUCCUAUUUACCCACAGGAGGAGUUGCAGAGAGAUUUUAUGUCUAUAGCUAAUCUGCCUACACUUAAUUUAGAACAACAAGAACUAUUGGAUGGGGACAUUCGGGAAGAUGAAAUUAGGGCGGUCAUAACAUCAUUGCAACCGAAUAAAUCGCCGGGACCUGAUGGGUUCACUGGGACAUAUUACAAGCUACUGCAGCAAGAGCUGAUGCCGACAUUAAUGGAACUCUAUAACAAACUUUAUCGAGAACACCCCAUUUAUCCAUCAUUCUCCCAGGCGUUCACUACUUUAAUCCCUAAGCCUGACAGGGAUCCACUGUUAGCGGAUUCAUAUAGACCCAUCUCCCUCUUAAACUCUGAUUUUAAAAUUUUCACAAAAAUCAUCGCAAAUAGAUUACAGUUGAUUCUCCCUGACUUAUUGACGGACCAUCAAUAUGGUUUUGUACGGGGCCGCCAGUCAGUUAAAGCCAUUCGCACUGCAAUAGCGGCGACAGUGGCAUCAAAAAAUUCCCCUGAUGCGGAACACAUGCUCUUAAGCCUUGACACACACAAGGCUUUUGACACAGUAUCUUGGCAUCACCUGUUUGGUGUGUUGGAUUACAGAGGAUUUAGUGAAAAUUUUGUGGGUGUUAUUAAAUACUUGUAUACUAAUCCGACGACCUCUUUGCUGGUUAAUGGCAAGCAGGGUUCUAAGAUCACUAUGCAAAGGGGUUCAAGUUACUCUGUGGAGUUGGCAUUCACAGUGGAGCCCAGUGAUGAAGUUGCAAUUCCAGGGCAGCCUAUAAGUCUGCUGUGCGCUGCCGAUGGUGUACAGCCAAUCAUUAUUUCUUGGAGAAAGAAUGGCGCUCCCCUCUGGAAUGGGGCUAAUGUGUUCCCUCUUCCCAAUGGUUCCCUAUACCUUCCAUUCUUCCACCUCAAUAAGGAUGAUGGGACUUCUGACCAGGGAGACUAUGACUGUGUGGCGCAAAAUCGUUUUGGGACCGUGGUGAGCCGUAAAGCAAGAGUCCAGGCCGCAGCCAUAUCAGAUUUUCAUGUCGUUCCCCGGGAUGCCAAUGUAGAAGAGGGCGGUGUUGCCCGGUUCCAGUGCCAGAUUCAUGGUCUGCCAGAGCCUGAGAUUGUAUGGGAACGUAAUGGAGAAAUAAUUAACACGGAAAACUCUAGGUACACAUUGCUACCCACUGGUGUGCUGCAAAUAACUGCACUCCGGGCUGAGGAUGCAGGCACCUUCCGCUGUGUGGCUACCAACGCAGCUGCUGUUAAAGCAAGCCCUGAAGCUGUACUGACCGUUACAGGUCCUCACUACACUGGUUACAAGGAUCCGAUGAUCCUGGUUGGUCCAGAGAACCUCACUAAGACCGUUCACCAGACAGCAAUCCUUGAGUGCAUGGCUACCGGAAAUCCCAGACCUAUUGUGUCCUGGAGUCGACUUGAUGGCCGUCCUAUUGGUGUCGAAGGGAUUCAGGUCUUGGGUACAGGGAACCUCAUGAUAUCAGACCUAACUGUGCAUCACUCUGGAGUCUACGUAUGUGCUGCCAACAAGCCUGGAACCAGGGUGCGUCGCACAGCACAAGGAAGGCUUGUAGUGCAGGCACCAGCCGAGUUUGUCCAACACCCUCAGUCCGUUUCUCGACCUGUUGGCACUACAGCGAUCUUCACAUGUUUGGCCCAAGGUGAGCCGCCACCACAGAUCACAUGGCUGAAGAAUGGGCAGCUGCUGGAACCCAGUGGACACAUCAAGUUAAAGAACAACAACAGCUCUUUGACCAUCUCUGGCAUCAGUCAGGAGGAUGAGGCUAUUUACCAGUGCAUAGCGCAGAAUAGUGCUGGAUCCAGCCAGGCUAGUGCCCGACUCUCUGUUAUAUGGGCAGAGAGAUUGCCAGGGGCACCCCAGGAGGUCACAGCCAACACUGUAUCAUCCACCUCCAUCCAGGUGUCCUGGAGUGAGCCACUGGAAAACACACAGGAGAUCAUUGGAUAUGUUGUACACAUCCGCAAAACUAAAGACCCAGUACAGAUGGAGUACCAGGAAGCAGUGAGCAAGGACACUUUUCAGCAAAUUGUGACAGAUUUAGAACCGUCAACCACCUACAGCUUCUACAUAAAAGCUUACACCUCCAGGGGAGCCAGCAAAGCCUCAACCAGCGUGGUGCAAAGCACUCUGGGAGAAGUGCCUGCUGUGCCAUCUCUCUAUAUCAAGGUCUUGAACAGUACAGCCAUCCAGGCCGCCUGGGAGCCAUCAAUCAAACUGGGUCAGAAUGAGGGCUUUAAACUGUAUUACCGCAAGGUGCCACUGCCGCAGUAUACAGGACCCAUUGUGCUGCCCAGCAAUGUCACAGCGUACAACAUCUGCAGGCUGGACCCCCUAGUGGUGUAUGAGGUGAAGUUGCUGGCAUUUAAUCAGCAUGGGGAUGGAAAUUCCACAGUACGCUUUGUGUCUCUGAAAGAGGCAUCUGCCCGCGCGGUAUUGAACCCAUCCUGCAACUGUGUGAGUGACGAGCAGAAGCCAAAAUCCUCAACAACAGGCAUCAUUAUUGGGAUUCACAUUGGUGUGACCUGUAUCAUAUUUUGUGUGCUGUUCCUCAUGUUUGGAUACCGCGGGAGGCUUAUGAAGUGUAAGGCGGCACAGGACCAGCUCUCAGCUCAGCAAGGUGCUGUUGGAGUCAAUGGCAGAGUUCCAGAGAGAAUUGGUCACAAUGGUGUGACCUUGGUAAAUGAUGAUGCCCCAGAAAUAAAAGGAAAGGUUGGCGACCUCAGUGAGAUGGAGCAUCUCUUCUCUCACUCAUCUUCUCAUGGAAAUGAGUAUCAGUCUUCUCCCCCACCUUCUUUGGAUGAGACGAUGACCUCCACCAUUAUUCCUGAUGAAAUCAGUUUUGCCGAAGAAGACCCUCCAGGAUCCUAUGUUACAAACCAUCCACCCACAGCCAAGGACUGAGCCUCCAACCUUCCCCUAAGACUGAACUGACCCAGCAUCCUUGCUGCUCCUGUCACGCCUGCUGGAGCUUUUUUACGCAAUCUCAGGUCUCCAUUUCCCAAACCUUGUGAUUCCCAUAUAUCCUUUUGAUAGAGUUUUGUACUUUUUAUUAUGUGUGAGAACUUGGCACUUAUAGACUGAUACUUUCCAGAGACUGUGGGCAGCCACCUUUUUUCACUAUCAUCAGAUCGAAUUCACCUGCUAUAAGUACUUUAACUGCAGGGCUAACAGAUUUUAUAGUGAAAUGUUACCUACCGACUGAUAAUUCUGCUCCGCUCUUUUUAUUGCUAUGUCAGAUGAUUGUUGAGGCUCCUGGGAAUAUCCCAGGGAAGUCUGCUGCUCUUGUAGCUUGGUUGGACUUUUAUAUUUCUAUUUUGUUCUCUUUUUUUAUUUUUGACUGUUAAUGAGGCGGAUGUAGACUGUAACAUGGAGUCCGUACAGAGGUCAUUUUCCAAGCCUACCUCAGCUGGGAUGAAUGUUUUCAAGUAUGAUCUAUUUGUUUUCCUCUAAUUUUUGAUUCCCUCGUAUAUGGUUAGUGUGGACACAUGACCUGCAAUGGAUUUUUACUAGUUAGGGGUUUUAUUCUGGUAUUUUAAGGGAAACAUUGCAAAAAUAUCAGGAUCUGUCUAAAGGAGCCAUCUAAUGAGGAAUAUGUGGUACUGUAUAAAGGUUUGUUUAAUGUCAUCCUCAUUAAGGUACACUAUAGAGCAGAAGUGUUUACAGCCUGUGGCUCGCCAGUUGUUGUGAAACUACAAGGUUCCGCCUGCUUGCCAGGCUUAAAGGUCAAUUUUAUUAAGUUAGUUUUGAAAGGGUUGAGGGAAAAAAAAGUAAAAAUAUAUACUAAUGCAAACAAAAGGGCAAGCUGUAUUAGCUCUUUGAUGACUGCAGAAAACAGCAUGCAAUUCGUUCAUGAAGAUCCAUUCAUAUGGCUCUUGUAUAUACUGUAUGCAACCUCCAUUUUGUUGCGGUCAGUGUACAUAAAUGGGAGGCAAAUGCACUUGCUCGAUGGGUAUAAUUGAUCCCUAUGGUUCAAAAUCGCUACUUCAGACUGAUGAUUUUAUACCAGUCCUUCUGAACAUGGACAGCCACUGACUGCAGGCAUAAAUGACUACUUGGAUCUUCAACAACUCUUGAUCAGUGUGAAUGGAAGGCAACAAAAUGGAAGUCAGCACCAUUGGUACUCCAAAAUUCUUAUACAAGGAUAUGACUAUCCUGUGAAAUGUUACACUCUAUUUGCAGCACUUCGGUCCCUGUUAUGUCAGAAAUGAAACAUUGAUUGUAGGAGAGUUUUGCCAAAGGCUUAACUUUCCUAUCUGUCUGUGAAUUUGCUCUAAAUAAACUAACCACGUCCUUUUUUUAGACAUCAACAGAAAUAAAUACGACAUAUAGUAAUUACACGCCAACAAAGAAUUGAUCAUCCUAAAGAAAAUGUAAAAAAAUUGCUGACAUUAUAUUGUUUACAAAUAUCGAGGCUGAGGUAACGAGAUGGAAACAUUCCUCCUUAUUUGGCUCCUCAUAAUUGAUGUUGUAUAGAGGAGACAUUCCCUUUAUUUCUUUGUCCAACGUGAUGCACUUCCAAACUUUGAAAACAAACUGCUACCUCAUUUUUUUUUAAAUACUUUCUUUGUUUUUUACCUUUAUAGAAUUUGAUCUAUGGGUAUUGCUGAUUUUGUUCUGUAUAUAUGCGUGAGGCUUUAUGGAAGAGAGAAUUGUUUUGGGGUUGAUUGUUAGUUUCUCACCUCUUCUUUGUCUUUGGCACCAAACUAAACGGGAAGUAUUGCCAAUGCUGGAAUUUUCCAUAUGCUGUGUAAAAAAAAGGGAUUUUUCUAUACUCACCAAUAAAACUUUUUUCCUAAUAUAA